AUGACGCUUAGCGUGGAGAGGCGAGGGCGGGAGCAAAGCGGCACUCGACUCGAUUCGGCGGCGGCGCUCAAGAUGUCAUCAUCGCUUCCUCCUCCUACAAGUGGAGAGGGUACAAGCAAUUCUAGCAGAGUGGAGUGCUUUCUCCGGCGGUGCUUAUUGAUGUGGAUGCAAAGACCACCCUCUACCGCCAUAGGUCAAGUAAAAGAUGACAACAUAUUCAAUGUGUGGAAUUAUGGUUUUAGUGUUGGACAAGGAUUUAAAUGUGGGUUUUGUGGCGCUACCAAGAGAUCCGGAGGUGCAACGAGACUAACUACAAAGAUCUAG